AUGGCAGAUAGUGCUGAGACAUCUACGUCUAUUUCUGCUGUAGCAGCAGGUCAAGACCCAACUCACACAUAUAUUCCAAAUCAAGGAUAUGUCCGCCCCGCCACAUCAGAUGCCCCUCCAAUGACGCCGACUUCUGGUGAAAAUACAGAAUAUGCCGCAGAUAACGAAGACGAUGCAUACGAUGAUUUGUUCGAUGAAGAAGAUGAUGGAUACGUUGACGAUGUCGAUUAUGACCCAUCCUCUGGUGAUCUCACCAAAUCUUACAACCGUCAACGCAAGCUCAAUGAUUCUAACGCCACCGGCGCUCCUCGAAUAAAUCCUCAGAGACCGGCUGCGAAUACCAAGGCAAGUGUCGAUGAUCAGAUCAGCAGUUUAUCAAAACAUGCUGCGAAGAUUAGAUUAGAUGGUGGAUUCGAUGGGGGUCACAAAACACAUGGGAAGGAUAAAUCAGAUCGUGCGACGAGUGAACAAGUUUUGGAUCCUCGUACACGUAUGAUUUUACUUCAAAUGAUCAAUAGAGGUAUUGUUUCCGAAGUCAAUGGAUGUUUAAGUACGGGUAAGGAAGCCAACGUAUAUGGAGCCUUGUCAAUCCCUUCCGCGGAUGCAGAUUCACAACCAAUUCACCGGGCUAUCAAAGUCUACAAGACUAGUAUUUUGGUCUUCAAGGAUCGUGAUCGUUAUGUUACCGGCGAACAUAGAUUCAGAUCUGGAUAUAAUAAAGGAAAUAACAGAGCUAUGGUCAAAGUCUGGGCCGAGAAAGAGUUCCGAAAUUUAAAACGUCUACACUUGGCUGGAAUUCCUUGCCCAGAGCCAGUUCAUCUUCGAUUACAUGUCCUUGUAAUGGGUUUCCUAGGUGACAAAAAGGGAUGGGCAGCGCCAAGACUUCGAGAUGUCGAGCUUUCUGGUGAAGAUGUCGAUGAGCAAUGGCGAUUACUCUACCUACAACUCAUUGGACUCAUGCGAAGAAUGUACCAAUCAUGUAAACUUGUUCACGCAGAUUUGAGUGAGUAUAACUUGUUAUACCACCAGAAAAAGCUUUUCAUUAUCGACGUAUCUCAAAGUGUUGAGCACGACCAUCCUCGUUCGUUGGAGUUUCUCCGAAUGGAUAUUAAGAACGUCUCAGAUUUCUUCAAGCGCAAGAAUGUCGAGGUUCUUUCCGAACAAACUAUUUACCAAUUCAUAACUUUCCACGAUGGACCAACUCAGGAGCCAGGACUUAGCGAAGCGCUCGAGAAACUACUUAUCGAAAGACCAGAAGAAGCUAUAACUGAAGAGGCCGUCGCCGAGCAAGAAGUCGAAAACGAAGUCUUUCGUCAACAAUACAUACCACAAACUCUAGAACAAGUCUACGAUUUCGAGCGCGACGCCGAGAAAGUAGGGAAAGGCGAGAGAGGUGACCUUGUGUACAGAAACUUGUUGGCUGCUGAUAAGAUGCCAAUGUCUUCAGGCAACGAAGCGGAUGCAGAGGAUACUGUGGGUGACAGCCAGGCUAGUGAUGAGGAGGAUAAGGAGGGUGAUGAGGAUGGAGAAGAUGGAGAUGAAGAUGAUGACGAGAAGAGAUUUGAAAAGGGUACGCCUAGGGGCAAGAGAUUUGAGGAUAAGGAUGCUAAGAAGGAACACAAAAAAGCAGUCAAAGAGGAAAAACGCGAAAAGAGGAAAGAUAAAAUUCCCAAACAUCUUAAAAAGAAACUCGUGAGUUCGACGGCAAAACAUAAGCACUAG